AUGGAAGCGACGGUACAUAAACAUAUCGGCGACCACUAUAAUAUCAUAUCAUUCUUUCAGACGGGCGAAGAUGAUAUUUGGCGAUGGAUUGCCAUGGAGCUGGCCGAAGGUGGAGAUCUUUUUGACAAGAUCGAAGCAGAUGAAGGGGUAGGCGAGGAUAUCGCCCAUGUAUAUUUUACGCAACUCAUAAGUGCUGUGGGCUAUAUGCAUUCGAAGGGGGUGGGCCAUCGAGAUAUCAAGCCAGAGAACAUUCUCUUAACUGCCGAUGGAAACCUGAAAAUCGCUGAUUUUGGCCUAGCAACCUUGUUCGAGUACAAGGGGGUGACCAAGCUUUCCACCACUUUUUGCGGCAGCCCUCCGUAUAUUGCCCCAGAGGUCAUUUCGUGCAGUAGCAAGAGUCAAAUCAAGGGUUCGGGCUACCAACCAGACCUGGUAGACAUUUGGUCCUGCGGAAUCGUCCUUUUCGUCCUUCUGGCAGGCAAUACCCCUUGGGAUAGCCCGACGGAAAAUAGCUACGAGUUUCACGAAUACGUUGCGACAAAUGCACGCACGAGUGAUGAACUAUGGCAGAAAUUGCCUGCGGCAACACUAUCGUUACUUCGCGGCAUGCUGAAUAUUGAUCCCGGAAGCCGGUUUUCGUUGGAGGAUGUACGACGACACCCCUGGUAUACGCGACAAAACAGAUUUCUAUCCCCGGAUGGAAGACUUCGAGACCAGAUUAACCUGGCCACAACCAUGUUUGAAUCACUGCACAUCGACUUCUCCCAAGAUCCACUCCCUUUGCGAUCGAAUGGCGGCAGUUUCGGUCCCGAUCGCAUGGAUAUGGAUAUGGGAGAAGAUGAUCACCGGAUUUCAUCGACACAGCCUGAGAUGCCAAGAGGAGAUAUGCUAGUUGACUGGGAUAUCCCCCAUUUGACUGAUGUUUUUUCAUCAACCCAACCUAGCGGAGAGCCUCGUUCUACCGACGACGCUCUAGUGGCCGACGCCCUUGAAGAUGAACCGUCCAUGUCUCAAUUCUCACCCCAUCCGUCGGUGCCGCUCAGCAGAACCCAGAAAGCUCAACGGUUUCAUGAUAUUGUGCCAUCGCGUCCCAUGACGCGGUUCUUUUCUACGUGGGAACUCAAAUUGUUGGUCCCUCUCAUCUGCGAAGCUCUGCAUCGUUUAGGAGUCCCUGUUCCUUCAGUUCCCGCAGUUUCUGCCGGAGACACGUCUGCCAUGAUCCGCAUUGUUACAAGGGAUGGUAGAAUGUGCAUCUUACAGGGGAAGGUUAUCAUCGAAUGUGUUUCGGAGGGUCUAUUUGAAAUUGAAUUUAUGAAAGUGAAAGGUGACCCCCUCGAAUGGCGACGCUUCUUCAAGAAGGCGGCUAUACUUUGUAAAGAUGCCGUUUUCAUACCAGAAGGGUAG